CAGCCUCUCAGUCCCGCGAGACGCCUGCGCGCUGCGGAUCGCUGUGCGCGCCGGGGGAGGAUGGCCUCGGCAUGGCUCUCGUGAGCCCCUGCCCGACCCGGCUCAGAGAGUCCACGCUGCCGUGGUGUUAGCGUCCCCAGUGUGCGACAGAGUGACAACGGAUCCCAGUUACAGAAGAUAACGCAUCUGAACGAUUUUUACCUUCUGCCAUGGCUCAGUUUGGAGGACAGAAGAACCCCCCUUGGGCUACUCAGUUUACAGCUACUGCAGUCUCUCAGCCAGCUGCUCUUGGGGUUCAACAGCCUUCAUUGCUUGGGGCUUCACCCACUAUAUAUACCCAGCAAACGGCAUUGGCAGCAGCAGGACUUACUACACAAACUCCAGCAAACUAUCAGCUAACUCAAACAGCUGCUUUGCAGCAGCAAGCUGCAGCUGCAGCAGCUGCAUUACAGCAGCAAUAUUCACAACCUCAGCAGACCCUCUAUAGUGUACAACAACAGUUGCAGCAACCUCAGCAGACCCUUUUAACACAGCCAGCUGUUGCACUGCCUACCAGUCUUAGCUUGUCUACUCCUCAGCCAGCAGCACAGAUAACUGUUUCCUAUCCAGCACCACGGUCAAGUCAGCAGCAAACUCAACCACAGAAGCAACGGGUUUUUACAGGAGUAGUUACAAAGCUACAUGACACAUUUGGUUUUGUGGAUGAAGAUGUCUUUUUUCAACUCAGUGCUGUUAAAGGAAAGACUCCUCAAGUUGGUGAUAGAGUUUUGGUAGAAGCUACCUAUAAUCCUAAUAUGCCUUUCAAAUGGAAUGCACAGAGAAUCCAGACUCUUCCAAAUCAGAAUCAGACCCAGACUCAACCUUUGAUAAAGACUCCUCCAGCUGUACUUCAGCCCAUUGCACAGCAGCCUGCAUUCAGUGUUCAGGCACAGCCACAACCGCAAUCACUGUUACAGGCCCAAAUAUCAGCAGCUUCUAUUACACCUUUGCUUCAGACUCAGCCUCAGCCUUUAUUACAGCAGCCACAACAGAAAGCUGGUUUGUUACAGCCCCCUGUCCGUAUAGUUUCACAACCUCAGCCAGCACGAAGACUAGAUCCACCAUCAAGAUUUUCAGGGAGGAAUGACAGGGGAGAUUCUAUCCCAAACAGAAAAGACGACAGAAGUCGUGAAAGAGAACGAGAGAGACGUAGGUCACGAGAGAGGUCACCUCAGAGAAAACGCUCCAGAGAGAGAUCACCUCGGCGAGAGAGAGAAAGAUCACCUCGGAGACCGCGUCGUGUUGUCCCUCGUUACACAGUUCAGUUUUCCAAGUUUUCCUUAGACUGCCGUAGUUGUGAUAUGAUGGAAUUGAGACGACGUUAUCAGAACUUGUAUAUUCCUAGUGACUUCUUUGAUGCACAGUUUACAUGGGUGGAUGCUUUUCCUAUGUCAAGACCAUUUCAGUUGGGAAACUACUGCAAUUUCUAUGUCAUGCACAGAGAAGUAGAAUCUUUAGACAAAAAUACUGCUGUUCUUGACCCACCAGAUGCUGAUCAUCUGUACAGUGCAAAGGUGAUGUUAAUGGCUAGUCCUAGUAUGGAAGAUCUCUAUCAUAAAUCAUGUGCCCUUGCUGAAGAUCCCCAGGAACUUCGUGAUGGAUUUCAGCAUCCUGCUAGACUUGUUAAGUUUUUAGUGGGUAUGAAAGGCAAAGAUGAGGCCAUGGCUAUUGGAGGACACUGGUCCCCAUCACUGGAUGGACCUGAUCCAGAAAAGGACCCUUCGGUGCUGAUUAAGACGGCUAUUCGUUGUUGCAAGGCCCUAACAGGGAUUGACUUAAGUGUGUGCACACAAUGGUACCGUUUUGCAGAGAUUCGCUACCAUCGCCCUGAGGAGACCCACAAGGGGCGUACAGUUCCAGCUCAUGUGGAGACAGUGGUUUUAUUUUUCCCGGAUGUUUGGCAUUGCCUUCCCACCCGCUCAGAGUGGGAAACCCUCUCCCGAGGAUACAAGCAGCAGCUGGUCGAGAAGCUUCAGGGUGAACGCAAGGAAGCUGAUGGAGAACAGGAUGAAGAGGAAAAAGAUGAUGGGGAAGCUAAAGAGAUCUCUACUCCUACACACUGGUCUAAACUGGAUCCGAAAACAAUGAAGGUAAAUGACCUUCGCAAAGAGUUAGAAAGUCGAACUCUUAGCUCUAAAGGACUGAAAUCGCAGCUGAUUGCCCGACUUACAAAGCAGCUGAAAGUAGAGGAGCAAAAAGAAGAACAGAAGGAGUUGGAAAAAUCUGAAAAAGAGGAGGAAGAGGAGGAGGAUAGGAAAUCUGAAGAUGACAAAGAGGAAGAAGAAAGGAAGCGUCAAGAAGAAAUGGAGCGGCAGCGACGAGAGAGACGAUACAUCUUACCUGAUGAGCCUGCCAUCAUUGUACAUCCUAACUGGGCAGCAAAAAGUGGAAAAUUUGAUUGUAGUAUCAUGUCUCUCAGUGUUCUUCUGGACUACAGGUUGGAAGAUAAUAAAGAACAUUCUUUUGAGGUUUCAUUGUUUGCAGAACUUUUCAAUGAAAUGCUUCAAAGGGAUUUUGGUGUCAGAAUCUAUAAAGCACUGAUAUCCCUUCCAGAGCGGGAAGAGAAAAAAGACAAAAAGAGCAAAAAGGAGGACAGAAAAGAGAAAAAAGAAGAAAAAGAUGAUGAAACUGAUGAUCCAAAGCCUAAAAGGAGAAAAUCUGGAGAUGAUAAAGAUAAAAAGGAGGAUAAAGAAGAGAGAAAGAGGGAAGAUAAAAGGAAAGAUGAUGCUAAAGAUGAAGAAGAAACUGAAGAUGACAAUCAGGAAGAAUAUGAUCCAAUGGAGGCCGAAGAUGCUGAAGAUGAGGAUGAAGAUCGGGAUGAGGAGGAAAUGAAUAAGCGAGAAGACAGACGAGAAGGAAACAGGCACUGUAAAGAGAGGUCGUCUAAAGAUAAAGAGAAAGACAAGACCCAGAUGAUUACUGUUAACAGGGAUCUUCUGAUGGCCUUUGUUUAUUUUGAUCAAAGUCAUUGUGGAUACCUUUUGGAAAAGGACAUGGAGGAAAUACUGUAUACGCUUGGACUACAUCUUUCACGUGCUCAGGUUAAGAAACUACUUAAUAAAGUAGUACUUAGAGAAUCCUGCUUUUACAGAAAAUUAACAGAUACCUCAAAAGAUGAAGAAAAUCAAGAAGAAUCGGAAGCCCUACAGGAAGAUAUGUUAGGAAACAGAUUACUCCUGCCAUCCCCUACUAUAAAGCAAGAAUCCAAGGGAAUAGAAGAAAAUGUUGGCCUCAUUGUGUACAAUGGAGCUAUGGUGGAUGUAGGCAGCCUCCUGCAGAAACUAGAAAAGAGUGAAAAAGUGCGGGCAGAAAUAGAACAGAAGCUUCAAUUACUGGAAGAAAAAACAGAUGAAGAUGAAAAGACUAUAUUACAUUUGGAGAAUUCCAACAAAAGCCUGUCUACGGAGCUUAAAGAAGUCAAAAAGGACUUUAGCCACUUACAAGAAAAUUUGAAGAUUUCAGAAGAUAAAAACUUGCAGUUUGAGGGCCAGCUGAAUAAGACAAUCAAAAAUUUGGCCACUGUUAUGGAUGAAAUACAUGGCGUUCUUAAGAAGGAUAUUGUGAAGAAUGAAGAUAAAGAUCAAAAAUCCAAAGAAAAUGGAGCAAAUGUAUGAUAGAGAACUGCUGCUGUCUAGAAGAGUGGUGUUACAUAAUGUAAUAUAAAUCAUGAUACCAGAAUGUAUGGAAGUAAUGCAUGUCUGAUUUUAGUAGUAUAAAUAUCUUAGUUCUGAAAAGAUGUAUAAAGUUUUAUGAAUGUGAGUGUCUGCUUCUGAAGAUUGCUUGUAAUUCCUAGCAUUCAAUUUGAGACACUCCUUGAGUGAAAAUAAUUUUGCAUUCAAAAAUGUUUUAGGAUGAACUUUGUUAUAGUUUUAACUCUAAUAAAGUUCAUCAAUUUAAUGGACAGUAGUAAGUAUUUAAUUACCACGUUUUCAUUAAAGUCUAGUGAAAUCAAAAUUGUCAUUAUUUAUAGAAUUACCAUUUUUUUAGGUUUUAUUUUUAUUUCAGUCUAAUUAGUCUUUUAAAUUCAAAUAUAAAUCACAAAAUAGCAUGCUGCUUAAGUUUGUAAGUAAAGAUUUUUUUAAGCGAGAAAAUUGGAUUUUUUUUUACUUGUCACAACUUUUUUCUUCCAAUUGUAACUUUCUCCCCCAGAGCUGUUGUAUUAAAGUCUCACAAUAUACAGUAGUUCAAAUGAAAUAAGAAAGCAAUAGAAGCCUACCAAAAUAUUGGUAGGGCUGUGGAUUUAUAUGAAAAUAUACAGGCCUGUUUUAAUGUAUGUCAUUUGUGUUCCUUGAAUUGUUCUUAUCCCUGGAUUAAUAUAUAUGGUCCUUUUUAAAAACAUCAAUACAGUGUAUUAAAAUGUAUGGUUGGAUACUAGGCCAGUGGAUGUCAGAAUAACACCUUACACAGAGGAAAAAAUGCUACUGUUGUAAGUCUUUAAUUAAAUCUAACUCCUGUCCUAGCAUGUGUAAUUCCUUCAAACCCUUAAAGCUCUCUGGAAGAAUGGAUGCAUAAAUACUGAAAUACUAGCUUGAAUUGUAAAGAGUAAGACAUUUCUUAUUUUGUUAGAAGUUGAUGAGGGUACUACCUUUCGUAUGUGUUCACAAAUUACUAGGAUCUUAAUUUUCAAGCUGAAUUGACAUCUUUGUCAGUGGCAGCAUGUUGAAUAAUAUAAAGUCCGAGGAAUCAUAUUUUCAAGCAACUUUAUACUAAACUAGUGAUUUUUUUUUUUUUUUGAAGAGGAAGGUUGGGGGUAGAAUUCUUUUUUUUUUCCUUAAUAGAAUGGUGAAUUUUAGCAAAUUCAUUUUAUAUGUAGAUAUCCUGGGGAUCUAAAUACCGGUUAAGGGAAUUGAAGUGCCAUAAUGCAUAUGAAUAAUCUACAUGGGACCCAUAUAGCUUUACUGAAAAACACAUUAAAAUGCCUGAAAUUGUUUUGUUCAAUAAGUGUAAGUUGGUGCUUUUAUCAUUGGUUUGUUUCUUGGGUUUUUUAAAGCCAAACUAGUGAAACAUUUUUUCACUAUUAAAAUAGCAUGCAUACAC